ACAGGAACGAGUCAGCGAAAAUCUGCUCUAUCUGUAGGUGGCGGUAAUGCGCAAUUUACAGACCGCAAACUGCCAACAGGAAGAAGAGGAAGAAGAAAAACAGCUAGGAACAGACUCCGUUGACGUUUGUUUGGCACAAAACUUUUAUCAGUCGUCAGCUCAGAAUGUGUUGAAAUCACCGAGAGCCGAGCAUUUCAGCGGGAUUUCCUUCGAAUAACAUCGGGUCUGUUCAGCGGGAGUCGAGGAUCUAGUUCAGAGUGUGCAGAGACCAGUCUGUCAACAUGGAUACCCAGCAAGGAGCUCAGGGAAUCUCUAGUGGACAUGUACAAAGCUAACCCUCGAGUGAAUGUGGAGUUGAGAAAACGUCUGCCUUCUCCUUCAAGGCAACCACUCGCCAACACUGACAGGUGUGUUUCAGCAGUCUUGCCGCUUUCCCAGAGAAAGUCGCCUGUCUCACAUCUCUGCCACAGGGACCCUCAGGAGAGUGCAGGGGAAAUGGAGGUAGACCUUUCUCCCAGCAGAGGCUCUUCUCCUGAGGCAAACAGCUGUGGAGUAUCUGGACAUCCUGAUAGCCCAGACAUCAGAAAACACUUGGUCACCACAGAGGACAGCUUUCAUCCAGAAAUCGAAAGCAGUCUGCUUCAGAGUUUUGAUCCAGACAAAAAUGUCUCUCUCCUCCUAAAUGAGGUCGAUGCUCUGAGAGGUAUCAACAAGAAGCUGCAGGAGCAGCUGAUUCAGAAGGAGUGUGAGCUUCAGAGAAGGGUGGUGGAGGAGGAACUGAGGAGGGAGCAGAGGGAGGCCCAGGCCUGGGAGAGACCCACAGUGGUACUGGAAGAACUACUGGCUGCUCAAAAGGACCGGGACCAAGCUCUGAUGUCACGUCUUCUGUUGGCUAAUGAGGAGCGAGAUGAGGUUCUGCUCCAAGCACGUAGGCUGCAGCAGGCUACCAAGUACGUUACAAGGUUGGAGAAUUUGGACCUGGACUCUGACCUGGAUGUGGAUGAGCUCCUUCAGCGUAUUUGCAACACUAACUGUGUUCAGGAAAUUGAACAGUGUGGGUUGGCUUUGGUCCAGCAUGUGCACUUGACUCGUCAACGACGAAAUGAAAUCACUGCUGAGGAGAUGAAGGCCGUCAUGAAGGAGAGGGAUGGUUCUGUUGCAAAGUACAAGCAUCUGGUGCAGGAUCUGCUUCAGGAGCAAGAACAACGAACAACAAAGUUGCCCACGCUUCAGAGAGAGAGCGACAGAGCUUUGGAGGACAAGCAGCAUCUGGAGGCAGAGUUGCGGCUUCUACAAGUCAACCACAGGGUUCAUCACUGUUCCGAGUGCUUCUUGGUGGAUGAUACGGUGUAUUGCCUCACCUCCGCUCUCCUGCAACUUGGCGCUCCAUCUAUUAUAUCUCCACACAGCUUGUCCCAUUCAGCUAUGGCAAAAUUUUUCUUCUCUUUGUAGAGGAUCUGCCCUGAUCAACUCAGUAGCUCCACCUAGAGUUAAAACCAAAAAAUGCAAUACCGGCAGGUUUCACAUGUGGGCCAUAUUCUUGUAUAUUUUUGAAAUUUGCUGCAGGCCAAUUAAAAAUGCAUUGUGGGCCACAGUUUGGACACUGUUGUAAUAGACUGAGAUAGAAAACAGAGAAAUGGGUCCUGCUGUUUUGUGCAUUAUAAACGUUCAAACUUUAAGAACUAGGGAUUGCAUCUUGAAAUAUCUGGAUUAAACUAAUAUAAAAAUAUUUAAUUGCAUGUAUAUUGACAGUAAAUUUCAGUUGUCUCAUUUAUAUAAGGCCAAAUCACAAAAAAGUCAUCUCAAGGGACAAUAGGUUUAAGGCCUUACCUUUAAAAUAUGUAUAAACCCACCAAAUCCAACUUGAGCAAGUUUUUUUUUAUUUCAAAGAUUAAUAAAUACAUUUUUCAAGUAAUAUUUUUAUCAUUAAGUUGUGUUAAUUAUUUGGCCUGGUUGACGGUUAACUGUGGUUUUGGUUACGCAGCAGUGCAGAAUUCCAUGUGUCGGAUCCCCCAGAGAUCUGUUUACCGAUUCAACCUGUUUGCUAUAGUACAUCAAGCAGAGCGGCACUGACCUAAAAGCUGUAACGCAGAGACACCAGACGUAAAUGAGUGUUAGUUUACCAAAGUCACAGUUUCCAGUUAACUAUUCGGAAAAAAACUUACUGGGCCCGGUAAACACAUUCUCUUUGUAUUCUCAGUUUUAUGCCUCACUUCAACCAGCUUUCUCCAUCUCCUAUGCUCCUGACUAUUUUCUUUCAGCAGCCCUUAGGACCCCAGGGCCCGUAUGUUAUGAUUUAGCUGGAGGCACUUUUGGUUCAGUCCUGUAUAUGCUGUGAUGUCGUUUCCUGUUUGUUUCCUAUUUUGUGUAUUUAGGUUUACCUGUGUUUAGUUUUUAAGUGCUAUGUUUAGUUCUUUGUUGUUCUUUGGUUCUUGUCAUCUUGUGUGAAGGUUUGUUUGCCUUGGGUGUGUGUGAUUGUUUUGUGGUUGUUAUGCAUUUAGUGUUUCAGUUACUAUUACCUUUUGGCCGGCAUUAGCAGUUUUUAGUUACUGUAACUUACAGUACCUUUUGUUUUUAUUAAAUUAUAUCAGUUCACUUUCUUGUUUAGGUUUAUGUUCUCCCUCUAGUUUGGUUAAGUUACACAUUUCCCAUUAAGGGUUUUCUGUGGGCCUUAGCAGCCCGCUCACAGUGAGAGCAGCCUAGUUCUCUGUUUGCCAACCCUAUCGCGUAACAUAUAGAAUGCUUACUUUCCCAUUGGUGAAGCAGCUUGAAGACUUGAUUGCCUCUUUAUAACCAGUCGCUGCACAUAAUGCAGAGCGGACUUGGUGCAUAGGAACAACCUGUAAUAAGUCUAUGUUUCAGAUGGACUCCUGGUAUUGUCUGUUAAAUGCAGCUUUCUCUUUAUUUGUAGUCAUUUGCGCUUCUUCUGUCUCACUGGCUCUUUUAGGCUGCACAAACGCUUCUUUGUGUGUUUGUGUGUAGUUUGGGGGUUUUAAUUUAGUGGUAAUGGGUUUCGUGUUACUGCCUGGAGCAGUUCGUUUAAGAAGGUAACGGUUGUAAGUAAGACAUGUGACUGAGACAAGCAUCUUAACAUCCGUCAAGAUUUCUAUAAUUUUCUAAAUGAAACACACAAUCACACAGAAUUACACAAUAAAUAUAACAGAAAUAGUGUGAGAUUUCUUUUGCGGCCUGGUACCAAUUAACCCACGGAUUGGGGGUUGGGGUUCACUGUGUUAAUAAACAAUACAUUUAUUUUUAUUUAUCAGAAACAUUUGGUUAAUGAUGACCCAUACCCAAAAUACCAACCUCAUUAGGGGCGUUUGGAGUAAAAACUAUCAUGUGAAUCAUUUGUGAAUCAUUCGCUGUGGCGACCCCCGACGGGAUAAAGCCGAAAGGAGUUACCUAUUUGGUGACAUCAUGUAAAAGGAACCUUGUGUGAACAGCCAACAUGUUCAUGCCAGUGUCCCCCCAUCCUUCCCAAACCCUCGACCACCAACCUGCAGGCAGAACCACACAAAGCCUAAUAAACUUAACUUCAUUCAGUGUCAUUUCUACACACACACGCACGCACGCACGCACGCACACACACGUCCCACCCUUUAUAUCAUUGAUUCUCUCACUCUCUCCCUCUGCUUUGAUGCCCCCACUUAUUUUCUGUGAAUCUGUGUGCUGGGGGGUGUCUUUGCUCUUUUCGAUGGUUGAGCACAAUUGUGUUAUUGGAGAUAAUUAAUUCCAAUCCCCAUCAAAAGGCAUUAGUGGCCCCGGGCCCCUGUUCAGGGGAAUGAAAGGCGAGGGGAAGAAAGAACCGAGGUUCUCUGUAUUAUACCAGACAUUUUGGUCCAUAAGGCGUGAGUGGAGAGAAAAGGGACCAAAGGCUUUAGUGAAAUGGUGCUGGGGGCUGCGGGGAUGCCGCCACCAUCGCUGCCACCAGAGGCCCCCUGAGCGGCCCUGGCUUGAACAUAUGGCCAGAAUUAUAGCAGCAAAGUGGGUGGCAGCAGAACCAACGUUCUGUUUUCAACACUUUAUAAAUGUAAUGUUUCCUUUGACCAGAUAUUUAAUUCUGAGUAUUUUAGAAAUCAAUCUUUGUCAGAUAAGAAUAUAUAUUUAUAUGUAAGUAAUAUAAUGCAAUAUAAAUCCUUCCUUUAAAUUUCAGUACUAAUAAACAGUAAAACUACUGCACGAACCAGACCGGAAAGGCCUGUUUUCAGAAACACUCAAUUUCAUCCUUUUUUCUUCACAUAUAUUAUGUUCUUUUAAAAUUUAAGAUCUGUGUGAAUAAUGCACUAAAAUGUAGACUAGGUAGGAAAGACUCUUCUACUCUGUAUUUAAGACUUUUAUUCGCAUGAAAAAAAGAAAGUAAAAAAAGUAAAUUUAAUAAUAAAAGAAUUAUUAUUAAAGUAAAGCAAAGUAAACUAUUGUUAUCUCAUUUAACUGAGCAAAGUACUGAGUUGCUUUGUUCCUCUAAAAAUAUGUAAUUGUGUAGUGUAAAUAUUUCAAUCCAGCCUUGUGAUACAGGUCCUAUUUAUUAACCAUUAAUUAUUGAUCAAUAGCUAAUUAAUCAGAAUUGAAUUCGUUGCAAACUGUGAAAAACUGUCUGACAUCAUUAAAAACAACGGAAACAGCCACACAUGGAAAAUGUACCAUUUUUAAAUUUUUUUGUUGCAGCAAAGAAAUCGCCUAAUUAAAACUAAUCAAAAGACGAAAAAGCAGCUGGACACGAGUCAGGACGGUGAAGUUCUGACAAGACUGAAGACAGACAGACAGACAGAACCACUGCUUGAAUUUGAAACGUUUUGACGGAGCCAUUAAUUGUUCUGCUUUUAACCAAUUUUAACCAGUGAUUAACAAGUGACGUCAUGGGGUAUAACUAGAUAAGUCUAACUUCUUUCUACACCGUUUGAGCAAGUACUAGAUAAAUUGAAAGCUGAUUAGCAUUUUCUUGUAUUUGUGUGAAAUUAUGUGUUGGUAAAUCAGCUACUUCUACUGUUUCGAAGAGUAAAUAAAGAAAUUAAUUAAUUUUG